AGGGGGGUAACUGUGUGUCCUGCACCAGGGGGAGCAGCAAGGAGGGUAAUUGUGUCUCCUGCACCAGGGGGAGCAGCAAGGAGGGUAAUUGUGUCUCCUGCACCAGGGGGAGCAGCCAGAAGGGUAACUGUGUGUCCUGCACCAGGGGGAGCAGCAAAGAGGAUAACUGUGUCUCCUGCACCGGGGGGAGCAGCCUGGAAGUGGCCGGCUGGGGUGAGAUGGAGUGAGCCUGGAUAUCUUCAUGGGAGACCAUGAGUGCUGCUGAUAUGAAGAAGCCUCCAGUAGCUCCGAAACCGAAACAUGUAUUUGGGCAGAAACCUAGCCCACCACCUGUCGCACCCAAACCAGAUUUAGUUGUGUCAAACAAUGUUCAAGCUUCUAAGAAGUCAAAACCAACAAUUGCACCAAAGCCGAAGGUUUUACGAGGUUCUUCAGUUCCUGAAGACAGAUUACAGCGCACUGUCAAAUACUGUAGUAAAAGUACAGAAGAAAAUAAAGGAAAUUGUCCUGGAACCUUGCGAUGCAAAAAUGAAACGUCGAAUGAUACGGAAAGUUCUUCCUAUAUAAUUUCGAUAUGUUCAUGCACAUGUGACUGCACUCAUAAACUUGGAAAUGGUGAGCAUUGUAAAAAGCCACAAAAAGUUAUUGAAAUGCUAGGAAACUUAGAAAACAAAAAAAUAUAUGGAACGCCAGCUCCAUCUGCAAGAACUAGGAGAAAAGCCUGCAGCCAACAGUUAAAACUGGGGAAAGAUAACCAAAUUACUUUGAGAUCCACCAAUUUAGAAGAUAAGAUUAACCAUGUUUUAACUUCUAAUGGCUCUGCCUUUAAACAUGAAAACUCUGAAAAUGUUAAGGCGGUGACUCAUCGACCUAGUAAAGAUAAAAUGCAGUCUAAUUUUUCUGAAGGAUCCUUCUCCGAUGGAUAUACAUGCAGUGUGAACCAACAGAACAACCUAAAUGCUGACAUGUCUCCCCCACCAGUUCCUCAUGGCGGUUUUGUAUAUCAUUCAGAUUCAGAAAAAAUGGAUAAUGAAAGAAAAAAUAAUGGUAUUCUACCACCUAAUACCAAAUUAACUAGAGAAGGUCAUAAAACGAUAGUCCUACAGCAGCGAUCUCUUCCUCCGCAGAAGGUACUUCCAGUUCCAAAACCAAGAAGACUGAAGACCCCUUGUCUGGUGCGCCAAGAUUGUUUUGAGCGAUCAACUGAAGGGAAUGUGGAAUACGUUCCAUCACGCGAUGAAUCAACAGAAUCUACAAAAUGUAGCUUAGAUGGUCUUGAUUUCCCUAAAAAACACCUUGAACUUGAGAAAACCAGCUCAGACUCCCAGAAUAUCACCAAUGCCCCAAGCCAACCAAGUGAGAAUUGUGAAAUGGAAAAUGGAGAACUUUGUGAGAAAUCAUGCCUGGAGUCAGAAAUGCCACAAGAAACCAUGAGUAACAAUCCAAGCAAGCCUGACCUUGAAGAGGAAAAUAUCUUUAGGAGAUGUAGUUCUCUGUCAAUGAGUUUACCAAAACAAUUGCGAUUAAUUUAUGAACAGCAGUUACCUGUAAAGAAAACUUGUGAUAUUGCCACUGAGAAAACAAAUGUCCAAGCAGAAAAUUCUCCAAAGGUUGCUCCAAAAAAGCCACAAAGGCACAGUUUACCACCGUCUGUUUUACUUAAAAAAGCCGCAUCUGAGGAGAACCUUCAAGACUGUAAUGAUGAGAAACCUUCACGUGCCAAUUCUGAGUUUCAAAGCACCUAUCAUAGACAUUUGUUAGCCAAUGGAGAAGGCUUAUCAUCUUCUCUCAAUAUUCCAAGGUUGCCUUCGGAAAAACCUGCAUGGAAGUUACCUCAUCCAAUUUUACCAUUCUCAGGGAGUCCAGAGUCAUUGAAGGGUUACUCAAACAGUGAAACUGCGAGCCCUGUCACUAAACCUAGGGCCAAGUCCUUGUCGUCUGUUGACAUGGAUAUUAUAAACAAACCUGCAAAAGAGAAUACUAAAAGAAGCCCGUUAAAGAAGCUUCUCAAUAUGAAAUUGUCUGUGUGCAUUAUAAAAAGUGACUUUCAGAAAUUUUUGUCUCGAAGCUGUCAGUCCUCCGACAGUACCUCCUGUGAUGUUGUUUCUUACAACGAGAAUGCAUCGUCACCGGUAAUGGAUAAGAAAUCAAAACCAGCAAAGGCGCAUUCUGCAGAUUGUUAUAGUCCUCCUCAGAAGAAAUGGCAGAAGCAGGGGAUUGAUGUCAAUUUAGCAUCUACCUCAAAAGAUGAUGACUUUGCUACCAAGCAGAUGCCAAUGCAACCAACAUCAACGGAUCUAACCCACGAGGACCUUCCUGGAUAUGAAAAUAUUUGUCACUAUGAAGAAAUCCCAGAAUAUGAAAAUCUACCUUUCACUUUGGUUUCAGGUCAAAGUGACUGUGAUGCAACAAUUUAUGAGGUAGAAGAUCCAAAUGAAGUUUCUUCUGCAAUUAAUUCUCAUGUUUAUCACAGUGAGCCAUCACAAGAGGACCCUGAUGAUGAGCUGGGCAUCAUUCACUCAGAUGAUGAAGAAAUAAUAAACAGCUCUGAUGAAGAUGACUUCAGCUCUGAUUCAAGCAAAGCAGACCUUGACCAUGCGGAGUACAAGCCUAAAAAAAGAACUGGACGAAAGCCAAAGGUUUAUCACAUUGCCAAGGAGAUCAUGAGCUCAGAGAAGGUGUUUGUUGAUGUCCUGAAGCUGUUGCACAUUGAUUUCCGUAACUCCGUGGCUCAGACAGCUAGAAAUCUCGGGAAGCAAGUGAUUGAGGACAAGGUCCUGAAUCAGAUUCUUUACUAUCUCCCUCAGUUAUACGAGCUCAACAGAGAUGUUCUACGAGAGCUUGAGGAAAGGAUGUCUCAAUGGAGCGAACAUCAGAAAAUUGCUGACAUCUUUGUAAAGAAAGGUCCUUACCUUAAAAUGUAUUCAACUUACAUCCGAGAAUUUGAUCGGAACGUUACGUUGCUUGAUGACCAAUGCAAAAAGAAUCCUGGGUUUGCUGCCAUCGUCAAAGAUUUUGAAAUGAGUCCUCGCGCUGCUAACUUGGCUAUUAAACAUUAUUUACUGAAGCCCGUCCAAAGGAUUCCUCAAUACAAAUUACUUUUAACAGAUUAUCUCAAAAAUCUUUCAGAGGAUUCAUCAGACUACAAUGAUACACAAGCUGCCUUAAGUGUUGUAAUUGAAGUGGCAAAUCAUGCCAAUGACAUACUGAAGCAAGGGGACAACUUCCAAAAGCUCAUGCAGAUCCAGUACAGCCUGAGUGGCCAUCAUGAAAUCGUUCAGCCAGGACGGGUCUUCUUGAAAGAGGGGACUUUGAUGAAACUCUCCAGGAAGGUCAUGCAGCCACGAAUGUUUUUUCUGUUUAAUGAUGCUUUGUUAUAUACAACGCCCGUACAGUCCGGAAUGUACAAACUAAACAACAUGCUCUCCCUGGCAGGGAUGAAGGUGGGGAAGCCAACCCAAGAAGCCUAUCAGAAUGAACUGAAUAUAGAAAGUGUGGAAAGGUCCUUCAUUCUUUCUGCCAGCUCGGCUACAGAGAGAGAUGAUUGGCUCGAAGCUAUUUCUAGAGCAAUCGAAGACCACACUAAGAAGAAAAUAACUUUUAAUCCAGCUAAAAGUCAGGAGGAGGCUGACUUAGAGGAGAAAGGAGACUGGGGAGUUCUGGGGUCAAAAGCUCCCAUCUGGAUUCCAGACGGCAGAGCCACUAUGUGUAUGAUCUGCACCAGUGAAUUCACACUGACAUGGAGAAGACACCAUUGUAGAGCAUGUGGAAAGAUUAUCUGCCAGGCCUGUUCGACGAAUAAGCAUAGCCUUGAAUACAUGAAGAACCAUCUGGCGCGCGUUUGUGAUCAUUGCUUCCAGAACCUCCAGAAGCAAGACAGUCUAUCCACUCCGAAUACUUCUUCACCUGCCAAUCAAAAGUCUACAUCUACCACUUUGUCCUCCGUCCUCCACAGCAUUCCAUCUGGGAGGAAGCAGAAGAAAAUACCAGCCGCUCUGAAAGUCUCCGCUAGCACAGAAGAUUCUUCCAUGAGUGGCUAUCUGCAGAGGUCAAAGGGCAACAAGAAGCCAUGGAAGCAGCUGUGGUUUGUGAUAAAGAACAAAGUGCUCUACACAUACGCAGCUAGUGAGGACAUAGCAGCACUGGAGAGCCAACCUUUGCUGGGAUUUACAAUUAAGGUGGUGAACGAUGAGAAUGCAGAAUCGAACGUCAUUCAAUUAUUGCACAAAAACAACUUAUUUUAUAUUUUUAGAGCUGAUGAUACUCACACUACGCAAAGGUGGAUUGAGGCAUUUCAAGAAGGGACCGUUUUGUAAGAAUUUCUAUAUUUCCCAUCUAAGGCUGCAAGUGGACACGUCUAUAUAUAGACCCUUUACUAGACUCUUAAAACCACGUCCUGUUUCUUGUGUUCAUUUUAGUUUGUAAAUUAGCUUACCAUUUUUGUUUAUGUUUAUUUUUUACAGGUUAUGUACAUAUUAUUUAUUAAAUCUCAGUUAUCUGUUAAAUGUAUUCCAACAGCCGAUAUGAAACACAGUGCCUUUGACUGUAUAUAUGUUUUUACCAGCACCGUCCUAAAAUUUUUUAUUUUGUCAAUAUAUAAUAUUUAGAUAAAAUCUCCACACGAGACACUGCUGUUUGUUCUAUUAGAGUUAUAUAAAUAAAUAUAUGUGCAUUUUUAA